GUCCAGUCCCUCAGUUGCAGAAACGACUUUCAGGAGACAAGACAAAGGAGCCACAACGCCAGAUCUUAGGGGAACAUAUUUCAAAUUUCACAUUUUUUUUAACUUCGACAGAGAGAAGUUAACAGAAUUAACUGUUGAUGGGGACCACUGGCUGCGCGUUUUUUUGCCUGCUAAUGGUUGCUUUUCAGGCCUCGGCUCUACUGACCACUGAAAGCCCACCAUGUGCCCCUGGAUUCAAAUCUGAUAUGUUGAUGUUCAGAGUGAGCAGAAGGCACCUGAAGCCAGGCACAGUUCUGGGCCAAGUCGGCUUCACUGACUGCACAGACCGCACCAGGUUCCUCUUCAGCAGUGAUGACAGCCGGUUCAAGAUUCAGGCCGAUGGGACUUUAAUGGUCAAGAGAGCAGUAACGCUUCAUGAAGGACAUAGGGACUUUUCUGUUCAUGUGUUGGAUUCACAAGGUCUCAAGACAACCAUUAAUUUGAGACUGCUGUACCAAAGGCAUACUCCUGAAAAUGCUUAUCACAAUAUUGAGCAUCACCAUGGUGACCAUGACAUUCAGCAAAUGGAGUCUCCAGCAGAGAUGCCUGUUCUCUAUUUUCCCAAGACUAAAGGGCUGAGGAGGAGGAAGAGAGAGUGGGUUAUUCCAGACAUCAAUUUCCCUGAGAAUAACAGAGGACCAUUUCCUCAAGAAAUGACUAAAAUUCGUUCAAGUGAGGCUAAAACAAAGAGAAUCUUUUAUAGCAUUACUGGUCCUGGAGCCGAUCAACCUCCUGUUGGCCUUUUCAUCAUGGACAAAUACACGGGUGUUUUGUUUGUCACACAACCCCUGGACAGAGAGAGGCAGGCCAGAUAUGUGUUUCAAGCUCAUGCUGUGGCAGAUGGUUAUGGGAAUGCUGAGGAGCCAAUGGAAAUGUCAGUGAACGUAUUGGACCAGAACGACAACAGGCCUGUGUUCACUCAGGUUGUAUUUAAAGGACAAGUUCCUGAAUCAUCAACAAAAGGUUUUGAGAUUUGUACAGUAAAUGCCACAGACGAGGAUGAUCCAAAUGCAGAUGGAGGAGUGGUUCAAUACCGUAUUCUGAGCCAGGACCCCAAAUUGCCCACCGACCCUCUGUUUGCCAUAAACGCAGUCACUGGGGUCAUCUCUAUCAGUGGUACUGGGCUGGACAGAGAGAAAUGGCCACAGUAUACUCUGAGGAUACAGGCUGCCGACACCCAUGGAGAAGGGUUACGUUCAGAAGCCCAAGUAAUUAUUACUGUAACUGAUAGCAAUGACAAUGCUCCAGUCUACACUAAGCCCUGGUAUGAAGCAGAAGUGGAAGAAAACCAGGAAGGCAUCAUUGUGACCAAGAUGGAGGUAACAGAUGAGGAUGAACCACAUACCCCGGGCUGGAAUGCCAUGUUCAGGAUCGUUGGUGGUGACCCUGGAGGGCUUUUCAGUGUGACAACAGGGAGUCACAAACAAGAAGGAAUUAUUACAACUGCGAAGAGUCUUGAUUUUGAAGCAAACAGCAAACACACCCUGUUGGUUGCAGUAGCAAAUGAGGUUCUCUUUGCUUUUCCGCUGCCCACGGCCACUGCCACAGUGGUGGUCAACGUGAAGGAUGUCAAUGAGCCUCCAGUCUUUAAUCCAAAAACAAAGAUCGUGACCAAACCAGAAGACCUUGUUCCUAACAGCAAAGUAACUCAAUACACAGCAACCGACCCAGACACGGCACGCUCACAGACUGUCCAGUAUAAAAUAAUCAGUGACCCUGCAGGUUGGCUGAACAUCAGUAAAGACAAAGGUGUGAUAAGGGUGAAAAGCAGCAUGGACAGAGAGUCUGACUUUGUUACGGAUAACUCAUACACAGCACUCAUUGGUGCAUAUGAUAACGACGAGUCCCCAGCCACAGGAACUGGUAGACUAAUCAUUCAGUUUCAAGAGCGUGCUAUUAAGAUAUGCCACAAGGAACCAGUUGAGCAGCUGCUGACUGUGACCAAUAAAAUUGGGCCUGGAUAUGGUGCUCCAUACGCUGUCUCAGUAUUUGGCACAUCAAAGAUCAACUGGACCACUAAGAUGAAUAGCACCAAAACUGGCAUAAUCCUGAAUUUGGAUUCGACGCUACCCAGUGGAGACUACGUUGUGUUCCUGAGAGUUUCAGUCAACCAGGGUUUGGAGCAGGAUAGCACUCUGCAGGCCAAAGUGUGUGACUGCACUGGGGAAGUGCAGUCACGCACUUUGGCCAGCAGACUGCCCUGGGGGUGUUGAACUCAAACCAGUACCUUGCUGGUUUCCCAACUCAAUCUUCCCCAGAGCCUGCUGAUUAUCAGGUGUGUUCAGUUAAUCAGCAGCUAGGUGAACCAACUGACACAGACUGUUAAGGUAAUCAGCAGGGAGAGUUGGAAAACCAACUGGCCCUGGAGGACUGUAGUUUGACACCCUUGGUUUAACUGGACUCCAGUUCAAAUAAAACAUGGGAACAGGGGAGCAACAGAUGCUGCCAAACAAAUGAAUCGUUCCGCUCUCUAUCUACAGUACAGGCCAAAAGUUUGGACACACCUUCUCAUUCACAGUGUUUGCUUUAUUUUCAUGUAAAUUUUAGAUUCACACUGAGGCCAUCAAAACUAU